CAUUCCCCAAAGACCCAGAAAUUGAAAUGAGCGGUCUACUUGUGCAUGGGAGACCUGUCAUUGUAAACUGCACAGUCCCUGAUGUGUACCCUUUUAACCAUCUGGAGAUUGAAUUGCUGAAGGGGGAGACUACAUUGAUGAAUAAAAGUUUUGGGGAGGAAAUGAGCAUAAAAUCCCUGGAGACUAAAAGUUUGGAAAUGACCUUCAUUCCUACCACCGAAGAUACUGGAAAAGAUCUUGUUUGCCGGGCUAAGUUACACAGUGGUGAAUUGGAAUCUGAACCCAAACAAAGGCAGAGUACACAGACUCUUUAUGUCAACGAUGCCCCCAGGGAAAUCACCAUCUGGGUCAGCCCCUCUCCCGUCGUAGAAGAGGGCAGUCCUGUGAACCUGACCUGCUCAAGCGAUGGUUUUCCAACUCUAAAAAUCCUGUGGAGCAGACAGCUAAGUAAUGAGGAACUGCAGCCUCUUUCCGAAGAUACAACGCUCACCUUAAUGUCUGCAAAACCAGAAGAUUCUGGCAUUUAUGUGUGUGAAGGGAUUAGCCAGAUGGGAACUAGCAAAAAAUCAGUUGAACUGGUUAUCCAAGACUCUCCAAAAGAUAUACAGCUUACAGCCUUUCCUUCCGAGAGUGUCAAAGAGGGAGACACUGUCAUUAUCUCCUGCACAUGCGGAAACGUGCCAGAAACCUGGAUAAUCCUGAAGAAGAAAGCAAAGACGGGAGACAUGGUGCUAAAGUCCGUUGACGGAGCGUACACCAUCCUCAAGGCACAGCUGCAGGAUGCGGGAGUGUACGAGUGCGAAUCUAAAACUGAAGUCGGCUCACAAUUAAGAAGUUUAACCCUUGAUGUAAAAGGAAGAGAAAAUACAAAGAGCCAUUUUUCUCCUGAACUCCUUGCACUCUACUGUGCAUCCUCCUUGAUAAUACCUGCCAUUGGGAUGAUCAUUUACUUUGCAAGAAAAGCCAACAUGAAAGGAUCAUACAGUCUGGUGGAAGCACAAAAAUCAAAGGUGUAGCUAACAUUGGAAAUGUUCUGGAAAAGACAUUAUUUAUAAGCCCCAAAUCCUUAAUAUUCUUCAUCAUCCCACUACCACCACCCAAGACACAAACCAAGCUAUGCGUUCAGAGUUCCCAGAACUCUUCUCAGUAAAGCGAAAGUGGAUGCUUGAGCUUUUGCUGAAUGCAAGAAGCCAACCAGAACUGUUCUUCUUGACAAAUCCCCAUCAUUGUGAGGAAGUGACUGGAACAGACCCAUGAGGUGUAUACGACCAGCAUAAUCUGUAUAUAUGUAAAAUAAAAUUAUGUCAUCACAAAGUUGUUUAGAAUGGCAGCACUCCAUAUGCAGGUCAGAAUAUAAUCAAACAGUGUUGCUUGGACUGACUGUUGUAACUUAAUGCAUCUUAGAAAAGUUUAAUAUUAAUAUUAAUAUUCAAUAGGCAGCUGACCAGUGUCACCUUCUUUUAAUAUUUUGUUUUCUUCAACCUAAUUUUAUUCCUGUGAAUUUUUAUUGACAAUGAUUUCAUAUUUUAAAAAGAAGCCAGGGUUUUAUAUUCUUAUAGAUAAUUGAUAAAGAGGGCACUGGGUUGACUUUCAGGUACUACAUUCCUAAUUCAUGGCAUAAUGAUUAGCCAGUUUUCUCUACAUGGUACUGUAUGGUACGGGGACAUGUUUCUUCGUCGGGAUCUUGUAUAAUGACUAAUAUGGUUUAAAAUGCGACUGCUUUUGACUUAUCUUUUAUAAAUAGUAUAGUAAAGUGAAAGUUUCUGAACAUUGAAAA